AUGAUGUCAUCUGAAAUUAAAAUUGGCAAACCAGCGCCAGAUUUCAAAGCUAAUUCAGUCGUCGAUGGCCAGUUUAAAGAUGUUCAGUUGAAAGAUUAUAAAGGGAAAUAUUUAGUAUUAUUUUUCUAUCCAUUAGAUUUUACAUUUGUUUGUCCAACUGAAAUUAUAUCAUUCAGCGAUCGUAUUGAAGAAUUCCGUCAAUUAAAUUGUGAAGUUGUAGCUUGUUCAACUGAUAGUCAUUUUAGUCAUUUAGCAUGGGUAAAUACAUCUCGAAAACAAGGAGGUUUGGGUAAAAUGAAUAUACCAUUGAUGGCUGAUAAAAAUAUGGAAAUUGCAAUUAAAUAUGGCGUAUUAAAAGAUGAUGACGGAAUAGCAUUUCGUGGUCUUUUCAUCAUUGAUGCGAACGGUAUAUUGAGACAAAUAACAGUUAACGAUUUACCAGUCGGACGUUCAGUUGACGAAACAUUACGUUUAGUUCAAGCAUUUCAAUUUGCCGAUAAACAUGGUGAAGUUUGUCCGGCAAAUUGGAAGCCAGGCAAGAAAACAAUUAAUCCCGAUGUAUCAAAAUCAAAAGAAUAUUUCGAACAUGCAAAUUAA